UGACAUCCCUAAUGUCAAAAUCAAAUGGGCAUAUUGGGCAUAUCAUGACAAUCGGCCAAACUAAAAUCAUGUAUAAUUGAAUUACAUAGCGGCUAUUUUAAUGAAUAUCAGCGAUUGAAAGAUUGUUAUUAAAAUGUUCCUUACAAAUAUAUUAUUGAAAAAAGCAAAGAGCAAACAUGUAAUGGUGCUGAUGGAGAGUGUCGUGAGUGGUCAUAAGUUUAAUGCCAUUAGAGAAAGACUUGCAGACAAAUUAGAAAUUUUAAGAUUUGAUCCCUACAUCCAAGAUGAGAGUCUGUACAAAGAAAGAAAGAAGAUAAGGAGUCUUAAAUCCAGUAAAUAAUAUUUAGGUAUUUUUAAUAGUAGAAAUAAAACACUUAGAUAUAUUUCAAAUGUUAUGAUUUAAUUAUUGUACUUUAAUCAAUAAACAAAUCUUUGGAUACACAUUUUUCAUUAUGUUACAUAGGUAACUAUUAAACCAUGAAAUUUGGCUUUAAGUACUCUUUACUAAAUCACACCAAAUUCCAAUGAUUUUUAGAGCAAUGUGUCUAUAUGUCAAUACAAUGAGUUUAGAAUAUAUGCUUUACUUCUUUCAAUAUUCUUACACUAAGCAUGGUAUCACUUUGUCGACAAUAAUACAUAGCAAAUGAUUAAACUAUAAAAUGUUUCUUAUUUUCAAUUCUAAACAUGUGGUUACUGAAGAGAUUCCACUUCCUU